CGCACACAUACGUAGAGAGAGAGAGACACACACACACGCACACAGAGAGAGACACGCACACACACACGCACACACACGUAGAGAGAGAGCCCAUGCAGCAGUCGGGUCGUGGUCUCGUGGGGUCCUCGUUCCUCUCCUGCUCUUCUUUCUCUCCGGACUUGGAGCUCGAGGAAGAAGGAACACUAGUUUAGAGCUUCUAACUUUACUUUAUUAUGUUUCUAUUCUCCUCGACCGUCCGCAGGUGAAGCAGACCAGGUGCUCCACGGAUCGUCCGAACUGAACUCUUGGUUCGCUCCCAGUUGCCAUGGCUACCAACGGCACCCCCGCGGGUUGCGGCCCCAACGUGGACUCUCUCUAUUACAACCUGUGUGACCUCGACGCCGCCUGGGGCAUCGUGCUGGAGGCCUUGGCGGCGGCCGGCGUCGUCUUCUGCUUCGUGCUCUUCAUCUCGCUGCUGGCCAGCGUGCCCUUCGCGCGGGACGCGAACCGCCGGAGCUCGACGGCGCUGCACGCCUGCUUCCUGGUCUGCACCUUCGGCCUCUUCUGCCUGACCUUCGCCUUCAUCGUGGGGAAGGACUUCUCCACGUGCGCCUCGCGGAGGUUCCUCUUCGGCGUGCUGUUCGCCGGCUGCUUCGCCUGCCUCCUGGUGCAGAGCGCGCGGCUGAACGUCCUCGUCCGGCGGGACUGCGGGCCGCGGGCUUGGGCCUUGUGCCUGGCGGCGGCGGCGUUGUGGCUGGUGGAGGUGGUCAUCAACACCGAGUGGCUGAUCAUCACGGUGGUGCGCCGCCCGCGGGGGCCGCUCAACACCACGGCCCAGACCGGCGGAGCCGCGGCGCCUUGCGACAUCGCCAACGAGGACUUCGUCAUGGCGCUGAUCUACGUGAUGACCCUGAUCCUGGCGGUGGUGGUGGCGAGUCUCGCCGUCAUGGCGGGCAAACACGACCGGUGGAAGAAGGACGGCGCCUUCAUCCUCCUGACCAGCGCGGCCUCCGUGGGGAUUUGGGUGGCGUGGAUCGUCAUGUACGUCUACGGCAACGAGAAGAGGGGCGGGCCCACGUGGGACGACCCCACCUUGGCCAUCGCCCUGGUGGCCAACGCGUGGGCCUUCCUCCUCCUCUACACCAUUCCCGACAUCUGCGGCGUGACCGGCGGCGCCGAGAGCCCGCAGAGCUUCGGGGAAGACCUGUACCCGAACCGAGGAGUCGGCUACGAGACGAUCCUGAAGGAGCAGAGCUCCCAGAACAUGUUCGUGGAGAACAAGGCGUUCUCCAUGGAGGAACCCAAACCAGCGGUCAAGCCCGUGUCCCCGUACAGCGGCUACAGCGGGCAGCUGCGGGGCUCCGUGUACCAGCCCACCGAGUUGGCGCUCAUCAGCAAGGCGGCGGCACACCGCCCUCCGGAGGUCUCCUAUGACAUGGCCAUCCCCCGAGCCUCCACCCACUCAGCGGCCGGCAGCGGGAGCGGCACGCCGCCGACACACGCCGAGAGCGCCGCUCACACUCAAGCUAACGGAAACAGCGGGAACGGUCUCCACAGGACGUCCCAGUGGUGACCACGCCGACCUCCCACCCCUCAGAUUCACUGUGUGUGUGUUUGCCGUUGCUCCGUGGUUCUCUAAGCUGGUUCUAAGAGGAACCCUGGUCACAUGUGGAGCUUAAUUCUGGGUCCCCCCCCCCCAAGCUGGAAAACAGCCAAACCUUCUAUUGACUGGCUUCAUCUGAGCUGGCCGAGUGUCAGACAGCGUGGAGCUUCAUUUGGAUGUCAAAGCCGUGGCUUUGGGGCAGAACAAAGACUUUUUGCUUCGGUGGCCGGACUGUGAGCUCUCAGCUGGACGGUGCUGAGGCCGCACAUAUAUGACCCCCCCCCCCCCACCCCCAACACACACCAUAAACAAACCUGCACCACCGGUGGAACUUUAUUUACUUAUUUAGGAUUGGGAAUAUUGUUAAUAACCUCAAAAGUCAUACGUAAAAUGGAGCAACUGCUAUUGGAAUGAUGUAAAUACGUUGUUAAUGUGUCAAUGGUUGAACACUGCAUGGAAGCAUUGUAUGAAUAUGUCUAUUUAAUUUUAUUUAUAGCACCACUGUGUGCUAUUUGAUGAUUUAUUCCUACAAUCAAACAAUCACUUGAAUAGAAGUAGAGCUUCUUAUAACGUCUUAUAACGCUUAAUGUUCGCAUAGAAGGUUUCUUCAUUUCUUUCCUAUAAUAAAAACAUUAUUCAAUGAGAUACUUUUGUACCCCGACUUGAGUCCAAGUGACCCCCGUGUCUCGGCCCAGUUGGUAGGAAGAAAUGUUGGCGUUGUGUGUUUCAAUGUUGGCGUUGUGUGUUUCAAUGUUGGCAUUGUGUGUUUCAAUGUUGGCAUUGUGUGUUUCAAUGUUGGCGUUGUGUAUUUCAAUGUUGGCAUUGUGUGUUUCAAUGUUGGCAUUGUGUGUUUCUGCAAAUAAAUUAGUCAGAAUGGAGGCGUGGCCUCUUUAAGUGACAGGCGGGUGCUGUGUCCUCUGCUGCUUCACCCAGCCGCCUAAGCUUCAAUGUUACGUUGUUCAGUUCAGUUGUUACAAUGUUACGUUGUUACAAUGUUGCGUUACCUUGUUGCGUUACCUCGUCGCGUUACCUUGUUACGUUACCUCGUUGCGUUACCUUGUUACGUUACCUCGUUACGUUACCUUGUUGCGUUACCUCGUCGCGUUACCUUGUUACGUUACCUUGUUACGUUACCUUGUUACGUUACCUCGUCGCGUUACCUUGUUACGUUACCUUGUUACGUUACCUCGUCGCGUUACCUUGUUACGUUACCUUGUUACGUUACCUUGUUACGUUACCUCGUCGCGUUACCUUGUUACGUUACCUUGUUACGUUACCUUGUUACGUUACCUUGUUGCGUUACCUCGUCGCGUUACCUUGUUACGUUACCUUGUUACGUUACCUCGUCGCGUUACCUUGUUACGUUACCUCGUUACGUUACCUUGUUGCUUUACCUCGUCGCGUUACCUUGUUACGUUACCUUGUUACGUUACCUUGUUACGUUACCUCGUCGCGUUACCUCGUUACGUUACCUCAUCGCGUUACCUCGUCGCGUUACCUCGUUGCGUUACCUCGUUGCGUUACCUCGUUGCGUUACUUCGUCACGUUACCUCGUCACGUUACCUUGUUACGUUACCUUGUUACGUUACCUUGUCGCGUUACCUCGUUGCGUUACCUUGUUACGUUACCUUGUUACGUUACCUUGUUACGUUACCUUGUCGCGUUACCUUGUCACGUUACCUUGUUACGUUACCUUGUUACGUUACCUUGUUACGUUACCUUGUCGCGUUACCUUGUUACGUUACCUCGUCGCGUUACCUUGUUACGUUACCUCGUCACGUUACCUUGUUACGUUACCUCGUCACGUUACCUUGUUACGUUACCUCGUCACGUUACCUCGUCGCGUUACCUCGUUGCGUUACCUUGUUACUUUAUUAUUUUAACACAAACCAUGAUGUUCUUUCAAACUUUAAGCUAAACCGAACCAAUCGUUUACCAACGCUAACCACGUGGCCUUGUGCAUUUCUGCAACCGUAUUCAUGAAACUUAUUUUGGGGUUCAGAAGAGUCGAUGUACAAUUCCAACAUUUCUUCUGGUGACCGGGUUGUUCUUUCGGAUGCAGUUCCAGCGGCCUCCAGAACCUUCUUGGCUAUAUUUGACUAUGUUAAGUCCUUUCACACUGGUUGGCUCCAGCAAACUCCAGCAGGACUCGCUUUGGAGACUCCGAUAUCAACAACAUGUCGACUGCUGGAUGAACCUGAAUGUGGCUGCAUCCAACCAUCUUUAAUGAUUAACCUGUUAGUCUGUCUGUACAAUCUCAGAGCUUUGGCUUCUCUGAGUUUGUUGUUCUUUCAGAAAAACACAUAUUCAAUUCAUAAUGAAAGAAAACAGACACAGCUUGUGUUUGAUUAUUGAGAGAAAACACAAUCUUCUUGUUUUAACUGUUAAAAAGACCAAUGAGAGAAACCCUUGAAGAGAAACGUGAAAGAUCUCACAGCUGUUCAUAAUGCCUUUGAUUUAAUGUAUCGACAUGUUUUUGACCAGAGACGCUGUGUGAUAAUCUUUAAAAUACAGCAAAUAAAUACCCACUUGUUAUG